AUGAAGUUCCAUAUUCGGGAUCUGGAAGCACAGAUCAGACAGCGAGAGGCGGGAGUGUCGCCGCUAGCGAACACUCCCAAGCCCGAGAGGGACGACGAAGUGCUCCUAGUAAAUGCUCCCAGAGCCGGGGAGCAAAAGGAUUAAGA